UUAUAUACGUUUCCUUAUAAAAUCUGUAUACAAAAUUUGGACGUCACCUCUUACAUUACAUUACUUUACUUUAUUUUAGUGUUAUCCGUUUCCCCCUCUCUCUCGUCUUUGCUUUCUUCAUACUUACGUUGCUCAUCUUUGACUCUUUUCCAACUGUCUUAACUUCUCCGACUGCAUAACUCUGCUCCGGCGCUUCUCUUCAUCGGAAAAUGUCUUACGAUUAUCUCUUCAAGUACAUAAUCAUCGGAGAUACAGGAGUCGGAAAAUCGUGUCUGCUGCUGCAAUUCACAGACAAGAGGUUUCAGCCAGUGCAUGAUCUCACCAUUGGAGUCGAGUUUGGGGCUCGUAUGGUCACCAUUGACGGCAAGCCUAUUAAACUUCAAAUUUGGGACACUGCUGGGCAGGAAUCUUUCAGAUCCAUCACCAGGUCAUAUUACAGAGGAGCAGCUGGCGCACUUCUGGUUUAUGACAUCACCAGGAGAGAGACAUUUAAUCACCUAGCCAGCUGGCUUGAAGAUGCUAGGCAGCAUGCAAAUCCAAAUAUGACUAUAAUGCUGGUAGGAAAUAAGAGUGAUCUGUCUCAUCGAAGAGCUGUCAGUAAAGAGGAGGGAGAACAAUUUGCAAAAGAAAAUGGGCUUUUGUUUCUUGAGGCGUCUGCUAGAACUGCUCAAAGUGUUGAGGAGGCCUUUAUACAGACUGCUGCCAAGAUACUUCAAAAGAUCCAAGAAGGUGUUUUUGAUGUCUCCAACGAGUCAUCUGGAAUCAAGGUUGGUUAUGGGCGUACGCAAGGUCCAGCUGGUCCAAGGGAUGGAGCAGUUGCUCAAAGAGGUGGAUGCUGCAGCUAGUGUACAAUAGGGUUCCAAAUUGUAAUGAUACUCAUGAACUUGCUUUGGUCCCUCACUAGACUUGUACAGCUCAAAUUCAGUUGACUCAAUUUACUCAUAUUAUUCAGAGUAAAAUAGGUUCUUAAGGAGCUGUUAAUUCCAGUACAUGUGGUGUUUGAGUUGCAUUCAAUGUUAAUAUAGUACAUGGAUUGUUGUUUUGAUAAGA